AUGUCACAACUAAAAAAGCAUCGAACAAAGUCAGUUAAGUUUUUUAUGAAUUAUAAAACUCAAGAAAAGUUAGACCUUAAAGAGUUAACAACAGAGAUAGAAUUUCAAAAUUUGGCACUAG